AUGAUGGAGCAUCCAGAUGGAGCACUUGGAGGCACAUGGAACAUCAAAAAUCCUAAUGAGACACUUAGAGGCGCAUGGAGCAUUAGGAAUCCUAAUGGAGCACUUGGAGGCACAUGGAACAUCAGAAAUCCUAAUGAGACACUUAGAGGCACAUGGAGCAUCAUGAUUCCUAAUGGAGCACUUGGAGGCAACGAGAAUCCUAAUGGAACACUUGGAGUUAAGAUGAAGCGUCUGACAACAGAGUGGAGCAUCAGAAGAUGCGCAACAAAGGAUCAAGAUGUGCCAUUGGUGGCACAAGGUGUGCCAUUGUUGGAUAAGAUGCUCCACUUAGUGGUCAUGAUGUGUCAUCUUGGUGGUCCUAAUGAGCUACAUAGUAGUGAUGUGAUGCUUAUGUGA